AUGGAUGGUGACGAAAGUGAUUACACAAUUGUACAGAGUAUGACCGCUACAAGUUCGUCAACGGGAGGUGCAGACGAUUAUGACAAGUUGUUCACCCAAACUUCUAUUGAUCUAUCCAACAAACAUUUGGAGAAAUUGCCAAAUUUGCGCCAAAGUUAUCCAAAGGUGGAAAUAAAUGUUAGCUUUAAUGCGUUGGAGCGAUUUUCGAGCUUUCUACCUCUUGCUGAUGCUUUAAAACGUCUCGACAUUUCACAUAAUGCUUUGAGUAAUUGUGAUAAUUUGGCAGCACUUACACAACUAGUCUGGCUUGAUGCAGCUUAUAAUCAUAUCCAGGUUCUUCCAUUGCUGGAUCGACUUGCGCACUUAACUUAUUUGAAUGUCUCAAGUAAUCGACUGAGUGUUUUACCGAAUUUGAGCAAAUUGCCUGUUUUAAAAAUUCUUAUUUUAAAUGACAAUGGAAUUAGCACACUAGACGAUCUUCAUCGAACAAUGCCGCAAUGUCUGCAAGAUCUCGAUAUCGGUGCUAAUGUGAUCACAGAUUUACGAGAGGCUCAGCACUUGUCGUGUUUAAAGAACAUACGAUCUUUAGUAUUUGCGGGAAAUCCUUGUGUUCGUUUGGAAGGUCGUACCUUUUGCUAUCGUCCAUAUCUUUAUUGUUGUUGUCUUGAACAGCUUCAAAUUGUUGACGGAAAAGAACUUAGUGAGACUGAAAUCAUUAAAGGUGAAGAAUUACAUACCCAUGCAAAAAUACGACGUAUGGAAACACAUGCUCAGUUGUGUGCAUACCUUGAAAAGGAAUGUCCAGAAGAUUGCCAUCAUACAUUUUCACCAGAUGACAAUCGUCUAAUGAAGAUUUUGAAAAAAAGACGUGAACAUGCAUCACGACUUAAGGAUGAUAUGACAAGUGAGGAAUCAACAGUAACAGCCAUUUCGCCAUACAGGGAAUGGCUUUCUAAAUCAGUGUCCUCUAUUCCAAGUCGUCUUGAAUAUAACAGUUAUACGACGCAACAGAAAGAAAACUGUGUUCCUCUGGUUGAUCUUAAUAAUUUAUCAUCCUUGUCAGCACGAAUCAGCACACCUCCAACUUCUGCAAAUUCCAAUGCUUCUUCUUCAACGGUUACUUUAUCAGCUCCAUCAGUGUCAUCUUCCACUCCAGUGAGAUCUCGUAUUCAAAGAAGACUGCAAAGUAAACCAGUUCAAGUUCGCAAAAUCUCAUUCACAACAAAUAACACACCAAAAAAGAGCAAUACUGUUGAUCAUUCUAAUUGGAGUGCGAAACACCAGAAAUCGUUGAUGAGGAACAUUGUCAAAGCUCCACCUAAUUGGCCAAAGGCUUUUGGUGUUUCCAAAUCAGUUACACAGAAUCCACGUUAUCGCUUUAGUUCUACAGAAAAUUCUAUCGAGAUUUCAUUUGUGAGUGCUCGCAAAGUUCGAAAUUAUAGCGAAAAAGAGAAGAAAGCUGCUUUACUUAUUCAAUCGUGGUGGAGAGGUAUGAAGAUUCGGCGAUUAUAUCGGGUACCUUUCCUUCAAAAGCGUAUCCAGCGCUUUGAAACGUUGCUCAGGGAAAAGUCAAAUAUGAUAUUGAAACUGAAAAAUCAACUUGCUAAUUUGGAGUAUAAUAUUGAAACAAUUGUAGCUGUAAACGAGGAGCAAGCUAUGAAGAUUGCGAAGAUGGAACAGUGCUUAGCAAAAAUUUCUGAAACAUGUAAUGAGCGCCAGAAGCAAUUCAUGAAUAAGCUGUUGCCGGUUCCCGAUGAAUUACAGUACAUUCGGAAAUCUGACACUGAGGUAUUGCUGCAGUGGCAGAAUCAUCAACGUCCGCAAAAACCGACAAGGUAUUUGAUAACUGUGAACGGUAAUCCGUGUGGAACAGUCAGAGGCCUUCAUAAAAAAGUUCUUGUUACGGAUUUAGAUCCAACAAAGGAAUCUGUUAUAAGAAUGCAAUGUGUCUUCAAUGAGUUUAGUGGAGAUAUCUCCGAAUGCCUAGUGAUUCCUUCGCAUAAGCAGGAAACAAGUUGUAUCAAUGAGGGUGAAGUAGAAUCUGCUCCAAGCCAGAUUGAAUUUAAUUUGGAUUAA